AUGGCGGAAAAUGUGUUGAAUGCUCAGCGACGACGAAAAAUCCUCAAGACACUCUUUAUCUCGCUCUUACUCGAUCUUAUCUCGUUUACCUUUAUCCUUCCGCUAUUUCCGUCGCUUAUCAAAUUUUACCUCGAAAAAGAUCCUUCUCCAACCUCCCUUCUGAACCGUAUCCUCCAAUACCUGAACGCAUACAAAAAUUCAUUCUCCAAACCGAUAGAUUCGAAAUACGAUGUUGUACUUCUUGGUGGUGCGCUGGGGUCCCUAUUCUCACUUCUACAAGCCGUUGCAGCGCCAGUAAUUGGCUCUAUAUCCGAUAAGCAUGGCCGUCGCACUGCACUUCUUUGGUCGAUGGCAGGAAACAUUGCCAGUGUUGCCUUAUGGGUUGCCGCCACGGAUUUCCGUACUUUCCUGGGGAGUAGGAUCAUAGGUGGGUUGAGUGAAGGAAAUGUCCAGAUUGCGAAUGCUAUUGCAGCGGAUAUCAGCGAUCCUAGCCAGCGAGGUUCAACUAUGGCGUUGGUGGGAGCUUGCUUCAGCGUUGCGUUUACCAUCGGCCCUGCUAUCGGUGCGGCAUUGAGCAACAUCACCACCUUUGCAGCGAAUCCGUUUGCAACGGCUGCUGCAUGCUCGUUAUUUUUAAUUGUCACUGAGACGGUCUACAUAUAUUUCUGCUUGCCAGAAACACAUCCGAAAUUGGCCUCUAACACUUGCAAACCUGCUACGUCCGGCGACAACGAUGGGAAAGAACAGGACGCUGAGCCAGGCCCAGGAAGAUCAUCAACGGAAGCCUCCAGAGGAUAUACCAACAAUCCGCUUCUGUUAAAUAUUACGCACUUUUUAUUCCUUCUACCCUUUUCUGGCCUGGAGUUUUCCCUUCCCUUUAUCACCGCCAAUCUUUACGAAACCUCACUUGCAGCAAAUGCUAGUGGGGCAAGCCCUUCCGCUCUUAACGGCCGUCUAUUAUCAGUAAUGGGCUUGUUGGCAUCAAUUCUGCAGGGCGGAGUGACUCGCCGGCUUCCACCACUCCUUACCAUUCGAAUAGGCGUAGUGGCUUGCGCCCUGUCCUUUGCAUUACUGGCUCACGUCACCACAAUCUCUGGCUUGUAUGCUGCUGGCAGUCUACUCGCUGUCACUAGUGCAACUGUGGUUACUGGACUGAACAGCCUGGGUAGUCUGGAAGCCCGGGAGGGCGAACGCGGCGCUUCCUUGGGCCGCCUACGAAGUUGGGGCCAAGCUGGCAGAGCUACUGGGCCUGUGCUGUUCUGCUCUCUGUUUUGGUGGGGAGGUAGAGAGGUUGCAUAUAAAACCGGUGCUGUGGCCAUGUCUGGUGUGUGUGCAAUUGCAUUUGGAUUGUUGAAAUCGCCUGUACUGGCUAAUCGAAAGUGA